CCCACGCCUCGCCCUUUCCAGCCUCGAAUCUCGACCAAAAACACCACGGCAUACGGAAAAAUAGUGUUGCAAUGCUCACUACCCAAAGUUUUGCCGAAUUACGCCUACUCUCCGUCCGCACGGCUUCGACUUCGUCUGGCUCGCAACGGCGUUUACGAUCGUUUCCUGCAAGCCCAUCGAAAUGGGGCAGACGCUACAAUUCUGGUCAGGGUUCAAAACCGGAAGCAGAAGAACCUCAUGAAGAUAGGUCACCGAGAGGAGAAGCAGGAGAGGCUGAGCAGCCGUCAAACCUGACAGGCCAGGAAAGGCGUGCGGGGAUGGAAAGUGAGACUGCCGGCGGGCACUUGUCUGUAGACACGAAAGAACCUUCACCAAGAGCUACCACAUUCGCUACAUCCGAGGCCCAACCGGCGCACCAGAGUAAGGCGUUCAACGAAAUCCUCAAAACCCUCUAUCAGGAAGGCAGCAAACAGCCAUCCAAUCCUUCCCCUUCCUCGACCUCCCGAACAGAGUCCAUAAUUUCCAAGCUCAGAAUCAACCUCUCCUCCGCUCCUCGUCCUCGCGAAUUUCGUGGCACCCGCUCCCGUUCACAUCGCUCAGCGGGAAUGAGCCCUCACGAGUCUAGCAAGUUCACCGAGGCAAUCAUGAGUAUCCUGGAUACUUUCCCCAAGGGUACUGAAGGGGCUGGUGGUGGUGGUGGAGUUGGUGGUAGCAGGGGCGGGGACGAUGCGUUCAGCGCAACUCAUUCUGGAGGUUCUGGUUUCGGAUUAGGCAAGGAUCGAUCACGGGGAACAGGGUUUAGUCCCUUCAGAUCUGGAGCUGGGCAAGACUCCCUCCGCAACGUUGUCGGUUUUAGCGGCAGGUCGCAGUCAGAAGACGAGCUGAUAGAGGAGUAUGAGAUCUUGGCGGAGCAGAUCAAUGUGAUCCAGACCGAUGUGGAGCUAGUGGAAUGGGCCAAGGAGCAUGUCUUCAAAGCGCAGGCUGUGCCAGAGCCCCAAAUUGCCUCAGAAAGCUCGAAAUCACUGGGCGAAGCCACAGGCGAGAUUGAAGCUACUGCUUCCGACACACAUGACCUACCACCUCUCCUCCAAUUCUCCCCCGUGUAUCCCAAGAUCCUCGCUCGGACGCUCGAAGUUCUUCGGAAGAAUUUCAACUCCCCACACCUUCUCCUCGCUCUCUUCCACCACGCCCAGACCUCUUCCCUCGAGUCAUACCUCUCUGGAUGCGGAACUGCGGCCUAUAAUCAAGUCUUGCUGUGCAGAUGGGAAAGUUUCAGGGACUUGGAAGGAGUGACGAGAGGAGUCAGAGAGAUGGGGAUGAUGGGUGUCAAGUGGGACCGAGAAACCAACAGGCUUGUUGGGCGUGUGGUUGAUGAAGUCGGUAGAGAAAUGCUGGAAGAGGGGCAGGGGAGCAGGUGGGGCAAGAAGGAGGAUGUGUUGAUCAUGUUGCAACAGUUAGAAGAAAGAGUAGAGAAAGAUAUCCUGGACGAAGAGAAAAGGAGGGAUUACGAGUUGAAGAUGAAGAGGAGGGACAGGGAAAGGAAAGAAGCUGAGGCCACGAGAGAGGCUACGAGGCAAGCGAGGGAGGAGGCGGAUGUAUGGGUAUAACAUUGUAUAAUGUAAUGACAUGCUCUAUUCCAUGACUGCGAUACAAGGUGUUGAAUACAAA